UUUUCUCUAACACCGUUUGGCUGAUUCUGAUGAAAAGGCAUAUUCGACGACUACGAGCGCCUCACACGCCGGCUAUCGAUUUAGACGACAUUAUCAAAGACCUCAAUUCUAAGGGUGAGAACUUUGUAUUAGCAAACGUGCGAGAGAAGCAUCAGCAAGCCAUCGUCUACACUAACGACGGUUUUUGCUCAUUGACUGGAUACCUUCGCAGUGAGGUGGUGAGACAAGAUGCCGCCUGUGAGUUCCUGACUGGCCCGCUGACCAACGAGCAGACGCUUCAUGAUCUGAAGCACGCCGUCAGCCAUAGGAAAGAGUUUGUGGACGAUAUCUUGCUUUAUAGAGCUGAUGGUUCAUACUUUUGGAGUAAAGUCGAGGUGUCGCCGAUUCGUGACCAAUUGUCUCACCACGUCAUCUUUCUGAUCGUUUCGCAUCGGGACAUCACGGUGAGCAAGAUGCAUAAACGAUGUCCGAGUACGAUAUCGAUGUCAAGCUACAGACUAGUGUGGGAUCAAUCAGACAACAGCUUACCUCGACAGCCGACACUCCACGGUCCCGACGGCGUCGUCAUGACACCCGACUCAGUGAUACUCAACGAGCUACUCGACAAGGAGCAACGACACACAGUAAAAGAGAAAUUUAUGAACGCGAUCUCCUUGCAUCGAGAAGUAUUACCGGAAUACAGAGACGAGGUUCCUAAUAGAGGUCGCUUUAUUAUAUUGCACUAUAGUCUGAUUCGAGAAUUGUGGGAUUGGCUUAUCAUCUUUCUUUGCAUCUAUGCGGCGAUUGUUAUUCCAUACAACAUCACGUUUAAUUCGGAGGGCAUUCUUGUGUUUGAUCUACUGAUCGAUGCGAUAUUUUUUGUUGAUAUUGUUUUGAAUUUCCGGACGACGUACACGACAGAGUCGGGAAAACUUGUGGUGAAUCCGAAGAGGAUCGCUGUCACUUACCUGAAAACGUGGUUCGUCGUUGAUUGUAUUUCGUUUCUUCCGUUGGAGCUUUACUUUGUUGUUGUCGGCAAGGAUGAUAGUUUGGCUUACCUCAUUCACGCACCCAAAAUCCUACGACUCUCUCAUUUGCUUCGUGUCGUCCACAAGCUUGUGUGGAGGGACCGCUACAUGUUUGGAAUCUCCGUCCUUGUCAUUCUCAUGGUAUUCUACAGUCUCAUAUCGCAUUGGCUUGCAUGCAUCUGGGUAGCAAUUGGACGCCUCGGCGGUCACUACAGUUGGUUCUACCUCCUUGCCAACACAACCGGCGACUAUUUCUAUUACAACAACAACGGGACACUAGAAGGAGGUCCCAGCGACGAGUCUAUAUACCUCAGCGCGCUCUAUUUCACAGUGACAAGUCUUACAACAGUUGGGUUUGGAAACAUAGCGGCUAACACAGUGAGAGAGAAGGCAUUUGCAGUGUUCAUCAUGAUCAUCGGAGCUCUAUUUCAUGCGAUCAUAUUUGGAAACAUUACGGCGAUCAUCGCGAAUCUGUAUGCUCACUCAUCGAAGUACCGAUCGCGUUACAGCGAUCUCCACGAGUACAUUCGUAUGCACGAGAUCAAGGAUCCGCUCAAGCAGCGUCUCUUAGAUCACUUUCACGCCGUGUGGCUCCACAAACGAGGCAUCGAGACUAGGUUACCUACCCCUGUUAUUCACAGUCGAUCUCGUCCACAGGUUUUUGUUAUGUUUUAGGUGUUUCGUGAUUUUCCGGAAGAACUACAGGCCGAUGUGUGUAUGCACCUCCAUAGGACUCUAUUGUCAACUAAUCCCGCGUUUGCUAAAGCUAGUCCUGGCUGUUUGCGGAAGCUGAGUCUCAAGCUGAAGUUUAUGCACUCGGCACCUGGAGAGUAUAUCGCGCAUCAAGGCGAUCCGCUGAACAAACUAUUCUUUGUCUGCUCCGGAUCGCUCGAAGUCUUGGUGCAUAACGAAGUUAUGGCGAUUCUAGGAGCUGGUGACGCGUUCGGCCAGGACUUCUACAACAAUCUAGUUCUAAGCAAAACUGUUGCCGACGUCCGCGUAUUGAGCUACUGCGAUCUACAAUACAUCCACAGAAACGACCUAAUAGAGACAUUUCAAUUAUAUCCCAACUUUGGACCCGAAUUCUCAGCAAACAUUGACAUCAGUUAUGACCUACGCAUGAACGUAAGACAACGGAAGAAUCGUGUGAGUCGUAUGAGGCCAGGAAGUCCAUACAAACGACAGCUACAAACGAUUGAAGAAACAAUAGACGAUACGUCUUGUUCUCAAGAAUCUACCGAACAGGACGGUCAACGGUAUCCUCGAGUGACCUUCCAGAUAGGUGACACAUCCGGAGAUAUUACUCCAGAUCCGAGCAAUCCGUUGAUUAAUGCCACAAGAUCAAACUCGAUAUUUUCGCAAGAUACUCAGAGUAAUGGCAUUGAGGGUUACGACUCAGGUCUGCCUUCCGAGGGUCAUCUUACUCGAAGUCAGAAUUUGGAAUUUUGUAAGAGAGAGUUGGAUAUCGAAGGACACGUCAGUCGGAUAGAAACUCGGAUGGCAAGACUUGAAGUCGGGUUGAACAAGAUCAUCAAACUUGUGGAGCGACCGGGAAGUUUCGUGUCUAUGACAGCAGAAACGAGUGUAUGAGAGAAAUGGCUGGUUGGUUGAUGAUGACUGCGCUCUGUGAGUGGUACAUCAAACAGUUUGGCUAUAAUCAGAGCUACAUUUACGAGAGAUGUGAACACAAGUAGUAAUAUACAGUAAUGAAACCUAUAUGAGUACAGGUGACUGACUAGUUUUCAUUAUUGUGAGGUGGAGAUACUGUGCCACUUCUUUACACUUGUCAAUAACGACAGUGAAUAAGGGACAGCAGUAAUUGUUUAAAGAAUCUUCUUUCUUGAUCUUUGAAUUGCAUUGCUUCUC